GUGCGUGUGUCACCUAGUGGGCGCAGCGGUCACGGCUUCGACUGAUCUACAGUUGAAGGACACGGCACCGUCGUUGUCCCACGAACCAAGUUUAUCACUACAAUAUUCUGCCUCGCGCGGUGCAGGUAGGUACACUAGACGCUUCCAACUUGUACACAUAUCGCCAUGGAUCCCAUGCUCGGGUCAACGUUGCCAUCGAUGCACGUCCGAAGGCCAGCGGCAGGCGCCAACGACGUGGCUAAUGCGUUCCGACGCAAACUGCGCGGAAUCGCCGCCCAGGGCUUCCCCGCGUCGGUCCACGACAAGCUCCUGCAUGCCGCGGCCAUCAAGAGCCACGACUUCCUGUACCAGGACACGUCCGUGGUGUCGUCGUCCUCUUCAACGUCCAAGUCGAGUCAGUGGACGUAUUACAAGGAAAAGAACGGCGUGUUGCUGUGCCAAGGGUACUCGUCGUCGGGGGACUACAUGGUCAAGGCGUCCGUCAACGCUUCGAGUCGCGUGGGGCCGCUGGCGGCGGCGCUCGACUUGGGCGAGCACUUCAGCCAAGUCUUGGCGAAGAUCGGAACUCCGUGGUUUCACCGCGGCGACACCCUUGGCGCGCUCCAUGCCAACGACGACCCGAAACCGUCCGACACAGCGCAUCUCCACUGGAUGACGUUUGGCACGGAAGGGGCCGAGUACCACGACUUUGUCUUUAUGAGCCACACCAAGCUGUACGACAGCCGCCGCCAAGAGCUGGACGAAGUGCCGACAGACGACUCGACCGUCGAGUACAUGACCCAGCUAUGGGACGCCGUGGACUUGUUCCCAGUACCGUUUGCCCCGGCUACCCGCGUGCACCUGAACCGGUCCGGUUUCCUCAUCGAGCGCACCCACGACCGCGACGUAUCCCGCGUCAGCUUUGUCCUGUGCGCCGCACGGAAUCGUAAGCGUGACAAGUGGAUGGAGCGCAUGGCGUAUACCCUCGUGCAUGAAAUCGCUGUCAUGUGUCGUGAUGCGUCUGUGACCGUGGCCACGCGCGUGGAUUUUGGCAGCGAGCCGCACUGCUCGACGUGUCUGAAGACGUUUACGAUGUUCCGACGGCGCCACCACUGCCGCCUCUGCACCGGCGCCGUUUGCAACGUGUGCUCGACCAACGUGAUGGUCGGCACCGCGGAGCGCAGGUCGGUCCGGGCGUGUCUGCCGUGCAGCACCAGCAGCAACGAGUCCACCCUCACCCGGCGCCAGCUUAUGAGCAAUCGGCGCCCUGGCCGAUCCGCGUCGGACCAGAUUCACACCGCCUCGAGUUUGACCCAGUCAUGGUCGCAGUACUCGAACGUCCAAAGCAGAGACACAUAUCGAUCGUUCGAACAGCAAACUACCCUGUCAUCCCCUCAAUCCAGCAGCCAGAGACUGUCGCGGUCGUCCAGUCGGAGCACGCACAUGACGAUGCGACCGUUGGACGAAGAUGCAAGAGAGGUCGCGGCCCUUCCGGCGGCUGCGGCGGCGAUGUCCUCCGGUCCCCCCCACCAAAAUCAACACCACAACAUGCCGAAACGAUCAUUUCGAUCGUCGACCACGACGACGUUGUCCAGUCAGGAGCUGACCCCGCCGCCGUCGCACGAGUUUUCCAAGUUUUACAUGGACUGCCAAGACCUUCCUGUCAAACAUCCCACCACCACGAGUGCCCCCCAAGGACCACAGCAGGCUACCAACGCGCCACACCCGUCAAAGCCACCACGGCAGCACGAAGUAUGGGACCAACAGACGGCAUAUGUAUUUCAGGACGGCGCUCAGGAACGCCGCCCUGAUCCGUGGAGGCGCAUGACGCAACCCGCGGCGGCGUUCGUCGAGGAAGAGUUCGACAAGUUCGACCUAGGCGUGGCGUUGUCCCCCCGGAAUGACUUGAUUCCGCUCCCGCAAGAGUUUGCCAAACGAAGCGCGUAUUACCCUUCUGGUCGCAGCGGCGACGACGCUGCCCGGCCAUCUCUUAUUAGUGUAUGCAGCGAUUACGAGUUUUAGAUGCUCCAUCAAUCACAUAUACAUAUUUGCAAGAUGAUUCGUAAACAUGGAAUGUAGUAC